AUGGGUCCACCGCGUAGCCGAGGAUUCAGUUGCUUCAUAACUGAAUGUGCUCUGGGCAAUUUGCCUCCCACUCAGCAGCCUUCCCCCCUAGCCAUGCCCUCUGUUUCAUUUCCCUGUCUUCUGCCCCAUCUCCCCUCCGGCUCCCCCCUUUCCCCACCUAUGAAACCAUCUCCCUUCUUACUCUUCCACCCACCAGGCUCCAAGUCCUGCCUCUCUCCUCAUCUGCUCUUUUUGACUGUGUGUGUAUGUGUGUGUGCAAUUCACGUCCAAAUAGGGCAUCUGAUGUGCGUGGAUGGAUGUGAGUGUGGGUCUCUGUGUGUCUGUAUCUCUGGUGCAUUUUGUGUACAUUUGUGUCAAUGCACACCUGGAUGCAGAUCUGGGUGCACUCAAGACUUCCUUGCUAGCGACACGGGUCAGCUUCUGCACAAAGGCUCACGUGUGAGUGCCCUGUGCAUGGGGUGCUGGGAGAUGACCGGGCAGGAAAUGCUGUUAGCUCCCAAAUGUACUUCUAAGGAUGACUUUUAA